GGGGCGAGCAUGGGGACACGGGGGCGAUCGCGGGGGUCCCGGCGGGCCCGGGGCCGUCCUCGGCACAGCCCACCGGACAGCGAGAGAAGCUGCAGGCGGCGGGAGGAGCCGCCGGUCCGGGCCGUGGCCUCCGCGGCCCCACGUGGGGCGGCGCCGCGGGGAAUUCGAACGGCGGGAAGGGGCGGGGGCCGUGCUCGGGCCGUGCGGAACCGGGCAGGGGGUGAGGACGCAGAUUCCACGAUGCCGGGAAAACGCAGAGUGCAGAUCCUGGUCCCAGAAGAAGUGUCUUCUGAGAUGAAAAAGGUUAAAGAUUCCAAGAUGCCAGCAAAACGCAGAAUGAAGAUCCUGGUGCCAGAAGAAGAAUCUACUGAGACAAAAAAGGUUAAAGUCUGCCACCCAUCACAUCGCUCACAGCCUGGGCUGGUGCUGACACUGGGCCAGGGUAAUGUUGGGCAGCUGGGUCUGGGUGAAGACAUCAUGGAGAGGAAGAAGCCAGCUCUGGUCACGCUGCCGGAGAUGGUGGUGCAGGUGGAAGCUGGAGGGAUGCACACGGUGUGCCUCAGCCAGACUGGAAAGAUCUACACCUUUGGCUGCAAUGAUGAAGGUGCCCUGGGACGCGACACCUCGGCUGAAGGGUCUGAGAGCUCUCCAGGGCUGGUGGAGCUGCAGGAGAAGGUGGUGCAGGUGUCGGCGGGGGACAGCCACACGGCCGCGCUGACUGAGGAUGGCAGGGUCUUUGUCUGGGGCUCCUUCCGGGAUAACAAUGGAGUGAUCGGCUUGCUGGAGCCCUUGAAGACAAGCUCCAGUCCUGUGCUGCUCCAGCUCAAUACCCCUGUUGUUAAAAUAGUGUCAGGAAAUGACCACUUGGUGAUGCUGACAGUGGAUGGCGACCUGUUCACGUGUGGCUGUGGUGAACAGGGCCAGCUGGGCAGAGUGCCAGCACUCUUUGCCACCCGAGGAGGACGGCGAGGACUGGAACGGAUGCUGGUCCCCCAGCUUGUCCCUGUCAGAGGCAGAGGGAGAAGAAGCAAAAUGCGCUUCCAGGACGCUUUCUGCGGGGCGUAUUUCACCUUCGCCGUCACGCGUGAGGGACACAUCUAUGGAUUUGGCCUCUCCAACUACCACCAGCUGGGGACCCAGGACACCGAGCCCUGCUUCUCCCCGCAGAACCUCACGUCCUUCAAGAACUCCACCAAGUCUUGGGUUGGGUUCUCUGGUGGGCAGCACCACACGGUCUGCGUGGACUCUGAGGGUAAAGCCUACAGCCUGGGCAGGGCAGAGUAUGGCCGACUGGGCCUUGGGACAGGGGCAGAGGAGAAGAGUGCACCCACCGUUAUCCCGGAGCUCCCCAGUAUCAUCUCGGUGGCCUGUGGAGCGUCAGUUGGCUAUGCUGUCAGCAGUGAUGGACGAGCGUUUGCGUGGGGAAUGGGCACUAACUACCAGCUGGGCACUGGAGAGGAGGAUGAUGUCUGGAGCCCCGUGGAGAUGACGGGGAAGCAGCUGGAGAACCGGCGGGUGCUGGCCGUGUCCAGCGGUGGGCAGCACACGGUGCUGCUGGUCAGUGACAAGGAGCAGAGCUGAUGAAGCGACACCGCAGCCGGACCCAGCGGAAUCACAGCACCCCCAGACCCCCCACAACUUCUGCCUGGGUUGGGGAGCCGAUUACUUAGGGAGGGCAGGAGGCUCAUGGAGCUCGGCCCAGCAGUGCCUGUGUGGCUGGAACAGGGUGCCCGUGGGUUCUCUCUGCAAGCGUUUGUCUGUUUUCCUGUGGUGCCCAGUGCUCUGUCAGCUCCCCGGGUCAGCUUGGUCCUAAACUGAUCCCAGUUCUGUGCCUGGAUGGAUUUACACUUCUUCUCGUCUUUUUUUUUUUUUUUUAACAUUUCCUGGCCCAGCAAAGCUGAGGGUUUUGUUCUUUACUCUGCAAUCAGGUUUGGGUAAUAGUCUCCCUGAGGUCCCCAUGUCCCCCACAUCUGGAUGCUCUUCCAGCCCCUUCACCUAAAUCACCUCUGGAUUUGUCUGCUGCCACCCCCCAAACCCCUCUGAGCCUGUUCCGGGUGGAUCUGAGUCCAGCAGGAAUGUGCCCAGGAAGCUCUGUCCUCUAAUCCAGAGCUUGUGACUGCUGUGGGGAAAUUCUGCCUGGUGAGGGAGAAUGCUGUUGGAUGAUGCCUAGCACAGUGUGACCGCUGGAGGCUCCUGCCUCCCUCAAGCUGAGCCCUCCCUCAAGCUGAGCCCCUGCCUGGCAGUCAGGCCAGGAGCAGAUUCCCCACUCCCCAUGGCCUGGAGCAGCUGCCUCAUGCUACUGUUCCCAGUGCUGGCCACUCCCUCUUUGCCAUUGCCUUUGGAAACCCAACCAAAUCCAUCCCACCGGUGGGAACACUGUUACUUUAAUUUUUUCUCUUUCACUUGUUAAGGAAGGAGGUUCAUUUGCUGUUAGGGCCUGGAUGAGCAGACACCCAGACCGUAGCUAUGCACGGAGUUGCUGGAAACAACAGCACUCCUCCUCCCCGUUGCCUCCCUGAUCCAACUGGUCUUGAUUCCUGUGCCCAGCCUGCUCCAUCCUCUCCUUACAGGAGGUACCUUCCAGGUGCCUGGAGUGAGGAGGGCUCUGCAAAAAGUUAAUUGUAGCAAUAGGAGGGGGGGUUGUGGCUGGGGAAGGGUGUCUGGGGUUAUACAAUGGUUCCAAAGGGGUUGGAUUUUUUUAAAAAAGAAAAUGUAUUUUGGUUGAUUAAUCAAGGCAGAAAGGACAAAAAAAAAAUCUUUUAAAUUUGGAAUA